AUGGCUGUGCGAGUCCUCUGCAAGGAUGCGCCGGAUCGCACAGUUGUCCUUGUGGCAAACGGCUACGCACUCACCAUCCGCUAUCAGUUUUCAAGAGAAGAGAUAGCUGGCAAUAUAGAGAUCCUGAGCUAUCCAACAUGCGUUGUCGAGUUUUCUUCUGCCGAUUCUAUACCUCUGGCUGAAUACCGCACGCUGGGGACUGGACUUGGAACAUUGGGUCUCAUCGCACUCGCCAACAGUGAGGUUUUUAUAUGCAUCGUCUCUCAAGCAACCGCUGUCGCCAAUGUGAGGCCUGGAGAAACGGUUCAACGGAUCGACGGUGUUGAAUUCUAUUGCUUAAACCGGCCUGAUUACGACCUGGUCCAGGACCCUGACUUAGAUACGCAUAAUCACUAUCGUGGCAUAUCUUACCAAGGGAAUGAGUCUCCAGCGGAAAAUCCGUCUCUAACGCUGAGAAAACUAUUAAGUGAUGGGUCGUUUUAUUAUAGCUCUGACUUUAAUCUGACUGAACGCAUUCAGGACCGAUUGGCUGACUUCACAUUCGACAGAAUCGACGACCCUGUUGCUUAUGACGUCGAGCGUCUGGACGAAGAUUUUCUAUGGAAUUCAUUUUUAAUCAAGCCUUUAUUACAGCUCAGGAACGGCCUGAGUGUGAAGGAUCGACAGAAAUUAGACUCCUCUCAACUCCUUAUAUUGGUUAUUAGGGGGUUUGCUCAGUCAUUAACUAUCCCUGCUUCUUCUCCCCUUUUCUCUGAUAUAGAUUCACAUCUUCCUUCAAGCUUAACCGUGAUAUCUCGCCUUUCCUCCCGGCGUGCGGGAACUAGGUUCAAUGCUAGAGGCAUUAAUGAUGACGGAAACGUCGCAAACUUCGUUGAAACAGAAACUAUUCUAUGGAUCCCUCCUGCAUUAUGCUUCUCCUAUACCCAGAUUCGAGGCUCUGUGCCGAUAUUCUGGGAACAAGAGGCCGGCUACAUUCCGGGUCAGCAGAAAAUUACCAUCAGCCGCUCCACUGGCGCCACACAACUCGCAUUUGACAAACAUUUCGAAGCCUUAGCCGAGAAAUAUGGAGCUGUUCACGCAAUAAACCUACUCGCCAAAGCCAAGUCUGGGGAAGCAGAGCUAUCAGAAAGAUAUAUAUACCAUGUUCGCGGAAGUCCUUUGCGCCAGGGCCGUGAUUUAAAAGCCGCGCCAGAGCACGACAUCUUGAAAAUAACAGAAUAUGACUUCCACGCUGAAACAAAAGGGCCUGCAGGAUAUGAAGCUGCCAGUCUUAUCCAGAAUGUCAUAGGAGACUCUGUCGAAGGUUUUGCAUACUUUCUCUCUGAAGCACCCCUGGGCCAUGAAAAUAACCUUUCAGCUUCAGAACUCAGACUGUUCAGACAAAGGAACAUUAUUCUCCAACAAGAGGGCAUCUUCCGAACGAACUGUCUAGAUUGCUUGGAUAGGACCAAUCUCAUUCAAACUAUGAUUAGUCGUAUGGCAAUUGAAAUGUUUCUCGAACAGCGGAACGGUCGUGCAUCACAAGAUUUCUGGAUGAAACAUUCAACUUUAUGGGCUGAUAGUGGGGACAUGUUGUCAAGAAUAUACGCAGGAACUGGUGCCUUGAAGUCGUCGUUUACGAGACAUGGGACCAUGUCAGUUGCUGGGUCAUUUGCUGAUAUACGCAAGAGUGCCACUCGUCUAUUUGUUAACAACUUCACGGAUCCUGGAAAACAGGUCACUAUAGAUACCCUUCUGGGACUGUUGCCCAACCAGGAACUGGUGUAUCUAUUUGACCCGAUAAAGGAUGCUGUGAACAGUGAGCUUGCUCGGAGAACGAAGGAGUUUACGUCUAGUGAAAAAAUCAAUAUAUGGGUUGGAACGUUCAACAUAAACGGUCGCAGCGAAGGGGCUAUAGAGGAUCUUGGUCCAUGGCUGCACGGCUCUCUUGAUAAUAUAUCCCGGGAACCCACCAUAGUAGGCGUGGGAUUCCAAGAAAUUGUCGAGCUUAGUCCUCAGCAGAUUAUGUCCACUGAUCCAAGUACGCGCAAGAUAUGGGAGAGCGCAGUCAUAACAUCACUCAACGAUAGAGCUAGAAAAAGAGGGACUACUGAGUACGUUUUGCUAAGGAGUGGCCAGCUUGUGGGCGCUGCACUUCUGCUAUUUGUUAAAAAGGAUGUUAUCAAGAAGAUAAAAAACGUGGAGGGCAGUUUGAAGAAGACUGGUUUGUCUGGUAUGGGUGGGAACAAGGGGGCUUGUGCUAUCCGUCUGGACUAUAACAACACGUCGAUUUGCUUCAUCACUGCUCAUUUAGCUGCUGGUUUCUCUAACUAUGAGGAAAGAAACCGUGACUAUCACACCAUUGCCCAAGGCCUUAGAUUCCAACGGAACAGGCCGAUUGUUGGGCAUGAUGCAACUAUCUGGUUUGGUGAUUUUAACUAUAGGAUAGGCCUGAGCAAUGAGCGUGUAAGGCCCCUGAUUGAAAAGGGAGAUUUAGAGACACUAUAUCAGAAUGAUCAGCUCAACCUUCAAAUGGUCGCUGGCCUUGCUUUUCAAUUCUAUAUGGAAGGGCCAGUUACCUUUCCACCAACAUAUCGAUACGACAAUGGCACCGAUGAAUAUGAUACCUCAGAAAAACAAAGGAUCCCCGCCUGGUGCGAUAGAGUCCUCUGGAGAGGAAGAAUCCUACGUCAGCUCGCCUACAACACUGCACCCUUGAAAUUCUCAGACCAUCGACCUGUUUACGCUAUUUUUGAAUGUGACAUAUCAAUAAUAGAUGAAAAGCGGAAAGAAGAAAUAAGUCGACAGCUUUAUGAAGAGCAGAAGAAUAUGCCCCUGCCAGAUCCUACGGAUACCCUGUCCGACGACGAGGUAGAUGAGAAUGAGCUGAUACACUCCAUUUCUCCUGGCCUUCCCCCUCCAAGCUCAGACAAACGCAAGUGGUGGCUUGAUCAUGGACUGCCUGCCCGAUCAACUGUCACCCCGCCACUUGGUGCUGUGAGCAAUGUACAGCGUGGUGCGAAUCCAUUUUCAACGUCACCAGGGUCUGAUUGGAUUUAUGUGAAGAAAGGGGAUGGUUCUAGCUACACAAGUGAACCGGUGGACCUGGAUUUGGGCCAAAUCCCUUCUAAUUCCGUUGCUCCCUUUAGUUCAAUGACAGGAGUUAUAGGGAGCUCUGAGCCACUUGACAAAAGCACAUCCUUACCAUCCCAAGCCAUAGUGACCAGCAAGAAAACACCUCCUCCUAUACCUCGAAAGCCAGCAAAAUUGAGCAAGCAUGCAUCUGAGGAUAGAUUAAACAUAUCGUCUUAUAAGGCUGACAACCAUACUGGUGGCCAUUGUGCGGACGGAAUGGAUGCUAAUACAAGCCAACCCGAAGGAAUGGCCACCUCAUUAUCUCCAAGAAGAACGCUUAAAGGAGCUAGUGCCUCAUUAGCACCAACGGUAGCCAAAAAACCUCUUCCAUCUGCAAGUGAACUCAUGGAUUUAGAUGCUGGGACACGGAUACCCUCAUGGGAGCCACUUCUUCCCAAGAAGUGA